AACAUAUUCAAAAAUAACGGUGCUAUUAAAAACUUUAAAUUGAAAAAUUUUCUGCAGUUAAAAGUAGAAACAAAUAAACAUCAAAAUGUUUUCACAAUCGAUAUUGAAAAAUAUAAAAAUCAGUCAUUAUCAAAAAGUAAUGAGAACAUUUUCAUCAAAAUCUGAUUAUGCUACAGGAUAUAACUUUGAACUAAAUGACACACAAAGAGAAAUGCAAGAAUUGGCACGGAAAUUUACAAAGGAAGAAAUUAUUCCAACAGCUGCUGAAUAUGAUAAAAGUGGAAAGUACCCAUGGGAUAUUGUUAAAAAAGCAUGGAGUUUAGGCUUAUUGAACAAACAUGUUCCUCAACAUUGUGGAGGAAUGGACGUUGGUACUUUUGAAGGCUGUUUAGUUGGUGAAGAAUUUGCUUAUGGUUGUACAGGAAUAUCAACUGCAUUAGAAGGAUCAGGAUUAGGUCAAGCACCUGUAGUUGCAUUUGGGACAAAAGAACAACAAAAGAAGUAUCUUGGUAGGCUCAUUGAAGAGCCACUUGUUGCUGCCUAUUGUGUUACUGAACCUGGAGCUGGAUCAGAUGUAGCAGGUAUUAAAACAAAAGCUGUAAAAAAGGGAAAUGAGUGGAUCAUUAAUGGAACAAAAAUGUGGAUAACCAAUGGAGGUGUUGCUAAUUGGUACUUUCUAUUAGCGAGGACAAAUCCUGAUCCAAAAGCUCCACCUGGCAAAGCUUUCACAGCCUUUAUUGUUGAUAGGGAGUCUGAGGGCUUAACACCUGGUCGAAAAGAAAUAAAUAUGGGUCAAAGAGCUUCUGAUACUCGAAUGAUAACAUUUGAAGAAGUUCGAGUUCCAGAAGAAAAUGUUUUAGGCAAGGAGGGUGAAGGAUUUAAGAUUGCUAUGAAAACCUUUGAUAAGACUAGACCAAUGGUAGCAGCCUCAUCUGUUGGUUUAGCUCAAAGGGCGUUUGAUGAAGCUAUAAAAUAUGCGAUAGAACGUAAAGCCUUUAAUAAAAUAAUAGCAGAACAUCAAGCUGUAGCAUUUAUGCUCUCAGAUAUGAUUAUUGGUGUUGAGACAGCUAGACUUGCAUGGAUGAAGGCAGCAUGGGCUGCAGAUCACGGCCUUCCAUCAGCUACAACUCUUGCUAGCAUUGCAAAAUGUUAUGGUGGUGAUGUGGCUAACAAAUGUGCAACAGAUGCUGUUCAAAUUUUUGGUGGUGCUGGAUUCAAUUCCGAAUAUCCUGUAGAAAAAUUGAUGCGAGAUGCAAAAAUUUAUCAAAUUUACGAAGGUACUGCGCAAAUUCAGAGACUUAUAAUUUCACGUAAUCUUCUGAAUGAAGCGAUGCAAAAGAACGUGUAA